AUGCAUUAUGCGAACAGACAGACAAAGCCCAUGAGGCGUGGUGAGGAAGACACGAAAUUCGUGGGCAACGGUUGGGGAGCCAGCCUCGAGACCGACACUGCAACAGGUCAGAAACGCCCGCAUAUAGGCGUGUCAAGAUCACGAUCUGAGGAGAAUUAUUUUUCUCUUGCCCAACUCGGAGUCCGGCUUUUGAUUAGGCCGGCCAAGAAUAUGCCCUCCCAACAACAAGGUUUUGGAUAA